CCCCCCCCCCACCCUUUGUAGGUCCUGUAACCUGGCUUUGCCUGACACUGCAUUGUCCUAAUUCAUUAAGGAAAUAUGGAGUGACAUGCAGGAGAUUAGUUAAAGGAUUAAGAGCUUUGAGGACGCACACCUCAGUGCAGGCGACCCUUCAAGUGGCUCGCCUGUACCAUCAACUUCUCUGAGGGAAGCCACUGGCCAAAAAGCCGGAAGGAAGUAUGGCUGACCCUGGAAUGAUGAGCUUAUUUGGCGAUGAUGCAAAUCUCUUCAGUGAAGGGCUAGAAGGUCUGGGUGAUUGUGGCUUCACAGAGGGUCAGGUCAACCCUUUGGGACAGCAGCUUUCAAUUGACCAGGGAUAUGGGCCACUUCAGUCAUCUCUACAUCACACACAGCAGCCACCUCCUAACCAAGGACAACCCAAGUUGAGCCACUUUGACCAUUUUAGCCAGUAUGAGCAGCAGAAGAUGCACUUGAUGGAACAGGGAGGGCGUAUGCUGGGGAAUGCCCCUGGAAAUGGAAUGUCAUCCCCUCAUUCUCAGUACCACAAUCCACCACCAUCUGUUGCGCACAGUGGUGGGGGGCAGAUUGGAGUCUACCCAGGUCUUCAGAGUGAAAGGCAUAAUCAGCCUUUUGUGGAUGGAGGUUCUCUGUGGGCUCCCAGGGCUGAGCCUGUGAGAGCUUCAUUUCAGCAACAGCAACCUCCACCUCCACAGCAACCUACCCCUUCUGGUCCUCAAGGUCAUGUACAGCAGAUGGGCCCAUACAUGGCUCGAGGGGAUUUCUCCAUGCAAACGCACAACCAGGCACCCACCCCUCCCCGAAUGAACCAGUUUUCUCAAGGCCCACCACAGGAAGGAGGCAGGGGGCCCCAGACUAACCACUUUCUAGGACAUAUGCCCCCCCAACAGAACCCUAAUAUGGUUGGUCCAUCUAUGCGACAUCCAGUCCAACAGCAGCCGCCACCACAGCAGUUUCACCAUCGACCUUCUCCAGCUGCUCUGCACCCUGACACAGUAGCCCACAGCCCCAGGUUUUCUCCCAGUCCCUCACAGCAGCAGCAGCAGCAAGCAGUAGUAGCUGGCAGACCACAGCAAGGUCUUGGCUUUGGCUCACGAAAUCAGACAGUCCCUUCUCCGACUGUAAAUAACUCAGGGCAGUAUUCUCCAUACCCUCCGUAUAGCAAUCUCAAUCAGGGAUUAGUGAAUAAUACAGGCAUGAGUCCCAACAUCGGCCUUACCAGCAACAAUGCACCCAUGUCUCAAGGGUCUGUGGUGCCACAUUAUCCAAACACAGGUGUUGGAUUUCCAGCCGGAGCUCCUCAGGGGCUCAUGCAUCAACAGUCCAUGCAUGUGAACCAAAUCAACUCCCAGCCUAUGCAUCCAUCUCAGCAACAGCCGGCUCAACAGCAGCAGCCUCAGGGAUCCUAUGGGUCUCCACCACCAAUGUCUCCAAUGAAGGCUAUGAGCAAUCCAGCUGGUACUCCACCCCCACAGCAGGUGCGGCCUGGCAGUGCAGGCAUUGGUUUAGAGGUAGGUGGCUAUCCCAGCAUGCCUCACCAGCCACCAGGAGCCAUGGGGUUGUCGCAAAGAACCGUGGGACCCAGGAGUUUGCAACAGCAACCACCACCUCCACAGCCCUACAUGGGGCUAUCCCCUAGCCAGAGGGACAUGGCUGGGGCUUUAAGGCCCACUGGAGGUUUGGGGAACAAUCACGUUGAGCCGCCAGGAAUGCAGGAUCAGCGGCUUCUAUUGGGCCCCCCACAGCCACAGCCUCACCCUGGACAACAACUGCCACCACCACUGCCUUUUCAGAAACAGAUGACAACCUGCCAUUCUGUGCAACAGCCGCCACAUCUAGGCUUGCAUCUUCAGAGCUCUCCUCCCCAGCACCCUCACCAUCAGCCAUGGGCUCAGCAACAUCAGUCUCCACCUACACCCCAGAAAGUGCCUAUCCCACAGCUUUCUCCAUCAGAUUCCUCCAUUGAUACACAUCCAUCAGACAUGACUCAUACCCUUGGCCAGAAUGUUCAGAUGGUUAAAUGUGAUGACCAGCUAAUGUUGGACCAGAAACAAAAAAAAAAAAAGAAGAAGAAAGUGAACCGCAUAAACACAGGGGACAUCAUGAAUGAUACUGGCGCAGAACAUUUUCAUGAUGGACUUGACCUUCUCAAGGGUCCUGUAGCUGAUGGAUUGUCUGAAGAGAAAAAGAAAAAGAAAAAGCCAAAAGAGAAGAAAGAGCCCAAGGAGCCGAAACCUCCCAAAGCCCCCAAGCCUCCCAAAACACCAAAAGAACCUAAAGAGAAAAAAGUAAAAGUAAUUAACCCCAAACCUAAAAGUACUAAGAAAGCCAGUGUCAAGAAAUCGGAUCAAGAGGCAAGCACUACAAAGAAAAAGGAUGGGAAACGCAAAAGAGAGUCCUCUGACAACUCAGACCUGGAAAAAACGCCACCUCCCUCACCAGAGGAGGAGGAUGAUUCUGGUGUUCAGAAGAGGCGCUCAAGCCGGCAAGUUAAGAGGAAGAGAUACACAGAGGAUCUGGAGUUCAAGAUCUCUGAAGAUGAGGCAGAUGAUGCUGAUGCUGCUGGAAGGAAAUCUCCAUCAAAUGCUUCACAGUCAGAGCAGCAGGAGUCUCUUGAGACUGAAGGACCCGUUGUUGAAAAAAUUAUGAGCAUGCGCAUGGGCAAGAAACAGAUGGAGUCUGGAGAAGUGGAAGUUGAAGAAUUCUACGUCAAAUUCAAAAACUUUUCAUACCUUCAUUGCCGAUGGGCUGAUUUGGAAGAACUGGAGAAAGACAGGAGGAUUCAUCAGAAGAUUAAACGGUUUAAAGCCAAGCAGUCCCUCAACAAAUUUCUCAGUGAGAUUGAUGACGAGCCAUUCAAUCCAGACUAUGUAGAAGUGGACAGAAUCUUGGAUGUUUCUCAUAGCACUGAAAAUGGAGAGCCUGUAACGCACUAUCUUGUGAAAUGGUGCUCUCUUCCUUAUGAGGACAGCACUUGGGAACUAAGGCAGGAUAUUGAGCCUGGAAAGAUUGAGGAGUUUGAGAAACUGUUAGGAAGGGAGCCUGAAAUGAAUCGUGUGGAGCGACCACCUUCUAGUGACUGGCAGAAAUCUGAGAGUUCAAGGGAAUAUAAAAAUGGCAAUGCACUCAGGGAAUAUCAGCUGGAAGGGCUUAAUUGGCUGCUCUUCAACUGGUACAAUGCACGAAACUGUAUUUUAGCAGAUGAGAUGGGUUUGGGAAAGACCAUUCAGUCGAUCACAUUUCUAUAUGAAAUAUUCUUGAAAGGAAUUCAUGGCCCUUUCUUGGUAAUUGCCCCCCUGUCCACUAUUCCUAACUGGGAGCGGGAGUUUCACACAUGGACAGAGCUGAAUGUGGUAGUGUAUCAUGGAAGCCAGGGAAGUCGGCGGAUGAUACAGACAUAUGAAAUGUAUUUUCGAGAUCCUCAGGGACGUAUUAUAAAGGGAGCUUAUAAAUUCCAUGCUGUUAUCACCACCUUUGAAAUGAUACUAACUGACUGUCCUGAACUGCGAAAUAUUCAGUGGAGAUGUGUUGUAAUUGAUGAGGCGCAUAGGUUAAAGAACAGGAAUUGCAAGCUGCUAGAAGGUCUUAAAAUGAUGGACCUGGAGCAUAAAGUUUUAUUAACUGGGACUCCUCUACAGAACACUGUUGAAGAACUUUUUAGUUUAUUGAAUUUCUUAGAACCUGAGAGAUUUCCAUCAGAAACUACUUUCAUGCAGGAGUUUGGGGACUUGAAAACAGAAGAACAGGUACAAAAACUCCAAGCCAUUUUAAAACCAAUGAUGUUGCGGCGGCUUAAGGAAGAUGUCGAGAAGAACCUGGCACCAAAGGAAGAGACCAUCAUUGAGGUUGAGCUUACAAACAUUCAGAAAAAGUACUACAGAGCAAUUCUAGAGAAGAAUUUUGCCUUUCUCUCAAAAGGAGGAUCAGCUGGCAGUGGAAACGCAAAUGUGCCGAACCUUUUAAACACUAUGAUGGAGCUCCGAAAAUGCUGCAACCAUCCUUACCUUAUUAAUGGUGCUGAAGAGAAGAUUCUGGAUGAAUUCAGGGAGACUCACCAGUCCGACUAUCCAGAUUUUCACCUCCAGGCAAUGAUCCAGGCUGCUGGAAAGCUAGUACUGAUUGACAAGCUGCUGCCAAAACUGAAGGCUGGUGGCCACAGGGUGCUUAUCUUUUCCCAGAUGGUGCGUUGCCUGGACAUUUUGGAGGACUACCUCAUCCAGAAAAGGUACCCUUAUGAGCGUAUUGAUGGAAGAGUUAGGGGAAACCUACGGCAAGCAGCUAUAGAUAGGUUCUCCAGGCCGGAUUCUGACAGAUUUGUCUUCUUGCUGUGUACAAGAGCAGGUGGUUUGGGCAUAAAUCUCACUGCAGCAGAUACAUGCAUCAUCUUUGAUUCUGAUUGGAACCCUCAAAAUGAUUUGCAGGCUCAGGCACGAUGUCAUAGAAUUGGGCAGAGCAAAGCUGUCAAAAUUUAUCGAUUAAUAACCCGGAAUUCAUAUGAAAGGGAAAUGUUUGACAAAGCAAGUUUGAAGCUGGGCUUGGAUAAGGCUGUUUUGCAGUCAAUGAGUGGAAGGGAAAAUGCUGCCAAUGGGGUGCAACAGCUUUCUAAGAAAGAAAUAGAAGAUCUCCUUCGCAAAGGGGCCUAUGGUGCAUUAAUGGAUGAAGAGGAUGAAGGAUCCAAAUUUUGUGAGGAAGAUAUUGAUCAAAUCCUUCAGAGGCGAACCCAGACUAUUACUAUAGAGUCUGAAGGAAAAGGUUCCACUUUUGCAAAGGCCAGCUUUGUAUCAUCUGGCAAUCGAACAGAUAUAUCUUUGGAAGAUCCUGACUUCUGGCAAAAAUGGGCUAAGAAGGCGGAGCUAGAUAUGGAUGUGAUUAAUGGAAGGAACAACCUAGUGAUUGAUACACCCAGAAUCAGAAAACAAACGCGGCACUUCAGCUCAGUUAAAGAGGAUGAGCUAAUGGAGUUCUCAGAACUAGAGAGCGAUUCUGAGGAUAAGCCUAAUCCAAAGCCACGAAGGCCUCAGGACAAGUCUCAAGGUUAUCCUAGAAGUGAGUGCUUUAGAGUGGAGAAGAAUUUGCUUGUCUAUGGUUGGGGGCGAUGGACUGAUAUCUUGUCUCAUGGGCGGUUUAAGCGCCAUUUGAUGGAACAAGAUGUGGAAACCAUCUGCCGAGCUGUCCUUGUCUACUGCCUGAAUCAUUACAAGGGAGAUGAAAAUAUCAAAAGCUUCAUUUGGGACCUGAUCACCCCUACUGAAGACGGGCAGACUCGUGCACUACAGAAUCACUCAGGGUUGUCUGCACCAGUGCCCAGAGGGCGUAAAGGAAAGAAGGUGAAAACACAGACUGCACAACCUGUUGUGCAGCAAGCUGAUUGGCUUGUAAGCUGUAACCCAGACACACUUUUCCAAGAUGACAGCUAUAAGAAGCACCUGAAACACCACUGCAACAAGGUCCUACUGCGGGUCCGCAUGCUCUACUAUCUCAGGCAAGAAGUAAUAGGUGAUCAGGCAGACAGGAUCUUGGAGGGCAUAGAUUCAAGUGAAAUAGACAUUUGGAUUCCACAACCGUUCCAUGCUGAGCUGCCUACGGAUUGGUGGAAUAAAGAAGCCGAUAAAUCUUUGUUGAUUGGAGUAUUUAAACAUGGUUAUGAAAAGUACAACUCUAUGCGAGCAGACCCAGCUCUCUCUUUUUUAGAGAGGGUUGGGAUGCCUGAUGCCAAGGCCAUUGCUGCAGAACAGAGAGGAUCUGACAUGAUGACAGAUGGUGCUGAUGGGGGAGACUUUGACAGAGAAGAUGAAGAUCCAGAAUACAAACCCGCCAGAAUGCCUUUCAAAGAUGAAAUGGAUGAGUUUGCCAACUCUCCUUUGGAUGAAAAAGAUGAUGUGGCGGAGCCAGAUAAUAUAGGCAAGUGUGAAAAUGCAGAGUUGGGUAAACUUUACUGGCCAAAUGCUUCAUCACUGACCACCAGGCUAAGACGGCUCAUUACAGCAUAUCAGCGAAGUUACAAGAGGGAACAGAUGAGGCAAGAAGCCAUGACCAAGACUGAUCGAAGAAGACGUCGUCCCCGAGAAGAAGUGCGAGCAAUGGAGGCAGAAAGGGAAGCAAUUAUAACAGAGAGACGUCAAAAAUGGACUCGGAGAGAGGAAGCAGAUUUUUACCGUGUGGUAUCCACUUUUGGGGUCAUGUUUGACCCAGGAAAGAGAAGAUUUGAUUGGAAUCAGUUUCGUGCCUUUGCUCGUUUGGAUAAGAAAACGGAUGAUAGUUUAGAGAAGUACUUCUAUGCGUUUGUUGCUAUGUGCCGAAGGGUUUGUCGAAUGCCUUUAAAGUCUGAUGAAGAACCACCAGACCCUAUGCAGCUUAUUGAACCAAUCACAGAGGAGCGUGCUUCUCGAACUCUGUACCGCAUUGAACUGUUGCGCAAAAUACGAGAGCAAGUUCUACCCCACCCAGAGCUAGAUGAACGCUUGAAGUUAUGCCAGACUAGCCUUGACCUUCCAGAGUGGUGGGAGAAUGGAAAACAUGACAAGGACUUGCUGCUAGGUGCAUCAAAGCAUGGUGUCAGCAGGACUGAUUACCACAUAUUAAAUGAUCCUGAACUUUCUUUCUUAGAAGCCCAUAGGAACUUUGCUCAAAACAAAAGCAGUAGCCAACUGGGCAGCACAAGUUUGCUCUGUCCAACACCACUAUUGGUCCCUUCUUCUGCUUCCCUUAUUAAAAAGGAAGAUGAGCUGGAAAACGCCUCACUAAAUCUUGAUGAAACAAGAUCGCAGGGAUCCAGUGAAAAGAGUGAUGGAGUUGUAUCUCUAAAAGCUAAGGAAGAGGAGGAGCAGGAAGAAAAGUCAAUUGAAGUGACAACCAAAAUGGAGGAGUUGGAGAACACAAACUCUGAAAUGAAAAAGCCUUUAUCAGAAGACUCAGUAACCCAUAUUGAUACAGAGCCAAAGUCGUUAUCUGAAAAAGGCUCUGAAGAGGAGGACGAGGAAAAGAUUGAAGAUGAUGAUAAAUCUGAGGAAUCAUCCCAGGCUGAAGCUGGUGUACCAUCUCGGAGUAAGAAUUUUGAUGAGGAGAGUAAUGCAUCAUUAAGCACUGCACGUGAUGAAACCCGUGAUGGUUUCUAUGGUGAGGAUGGUGAUGCCUCAAUGACUCACAUUCUUCAUGAAAGGUCUUAUUCCUUUUCAUUUUGGCCAAAGGACCGAGUUAUGAUCAAUCGCUUGGAUAACAUCUGUGAAGCCGUGAUGAAGGGAAAAUGGCCUGUAAAUAGGCGUCAGCUGUUUGAUUUCCCAGGGCUACUCCCUGGAUACACUCCUUCAGCUACAGACAGCCCUCUGCAGAGGAGGAGUUUUGCAGAGCUUUCAAUGGUGGGCCAGGCCACUUAUAGUGGCAGUGAAGAUAUCACUCUUUCACCCCAGAUUUCAAAGGAAAAUGCACUUAAUAUGGCUGUUCCUCGGCAGCGCCGGCGACGUAGAAGGAAAGUUGAAAUUGAAGCAGAGAGAGCAGCCAAAAGGAGAAAUCUAAUGGAGAUGGUGGCCCAACUGAGAGAAUCUCAUGUGGCCUCAGAGAGCCACAGCAAAGCUGUGGACUUGUCAAAAGCCUUGCGAGAAGCAACCAGCUCUACCUCAAACCUGUCUUCUGUUGCUUCCAAGUUUCUCUUGCCCCAUGCCUCUAGCCCCACUGUUGAUGCCUUUAAAACUCAAAUGGAGCUAUUGCAAGCUGGUCUUUCUAGCACUCCAGUCAGACACCUUAUGAAUGGCACACUCCCAGAUGGAGACCUUCCAAUAAAGAGAAGGAGAGGCAGAAGGAGAAACGUGGAAGGCCUUGAUUUGCUCUUCUUGGGUAACAAGAGAGCUUCAUUAAAUGCUGAGGAUGCUGAAGUGACCAAAGCUUAUGAUGAUGGAGUGCCCACCCCUCCACAAACACAGAGAAACAUUCCUUCUCCAGGACAGUUGGACCCAAAUGCUCAUAUCCCUGUCAUUAGUCUAGAAGAUGGGACCAGACUUGUUGGAGAAGAUGCUCCUAAAAAUAAGGACUUGAUGGAAUGGCUUAGACAACACCCAACAUUCACUGUUGAUAUGCCAAGUUAUGUACCAAAGACUGAAGAUUUGCUUCUGUCACCAUUUCAGAAGCCAAAGCAGAAGAGACAUAGAUGUAGAAACCCCAACAAAAUAGAUAUUAACACUUUGACAGGGGAUGAGAGAGUGCCUGUUGUAAAUAGAAGAAAUGGAAAAAAGAUGGGUGGAGCUAUGGCCCCUCCAAUGAAGGAUCUUCCUAGAUGGCUUGAAGAAAAUCCAGAAUUUGCAGUUGCUCCAGAUUGGACGGAUAUUGUUAAGCAAUCUGGUUUUGUUCCAGAAUCUAUGUUUGAUCGUCUUCUUACUGGUCCAGUAAUAAGAGAAGAAGGAGCAUGUCGUCGAGGUAGAAGGCCAAAAAGUGAAAUUGCCAAGGCAGCUGCACAAGCUGCAGCAGCUACUGCUGCUGCCUCUCCUGGUAUCAAUCCUCUACUGAUGAACAGCUUAUUUGCAGGAAUGGACCUUACCAGCUUACAGAAUCUUCAGAAUUUGCAGAGUUUGCAGUUAGCUGGCUUGAUGGGCUUCCCUCAUGGUCUAGCAGCUGCUGCAGCUGCAGCUGGUAGUGGAGGUGAUGCUAAACAUGCAGCUGCCAUGCUUCCCUUGAUGAUGCCUGGAAUGGCAGGGCUGCCCAACAUGUUUGGACUGGGAGGACUCUUUAACAAUAAUAUUGCAGCAGCCACAGCUGCUGCAUCUAGCACAGCAUCCUCAACAGGGCAGAGUGAAGUAGAAGAUGGGACUUCAAAAUCUGAGGAAAAAAAGGAUGAGGAGCAUGAAGAUAAAGAAACAGAGAAACCUGGCGAGACAACUGGCGAGACAAAUACUGAUGGUUCAGUGAAUGCAGCAGCAGCUGCAGCUGCAGCAGCCGCUGCAGCAGCCGCUAGUGCUGGAAUAUCUACUAAUCCUCUGGCCUUUAAUCCUUUUUUGCUAUCUACGAUGGCUCCUGGUCUUUUUUACCCUUCAAUGUUUCUUCCUCAUGGUUUGAGUGGCCUUACCCUCCCAGGAUUCUCACAGGCCACUUUGGCGGGUCUACAGAAUGCCAUUGGAGGCAGUGGUGGGGAGGAGAAGGUAAAUAAAGAUUCUAACCCUGGCACCAAGGACGAAGAUGGAGAAAAUGCCUUGGAAGACAGUGACACAGAUGAGAGCCAGAACAAGACUGCUGAAUCUUCAGUGCUGGAAGAUGAACUUGCUCCAGCUGAAGAACUUGAUUCUCUUGAUGGGGGAGAUGAAGUAGAUGAGGAAGGGACAAAUAAUGAAUAACUAUCCCUGAGCUCCACUUUUCCUCAGUUUCAAGAAGUGUUUUAAACUUUUUGACACUUUGUUAGUCCUACUGUUUACAUGCCAAUUAAAUACCCAAAUCUUAGAUGUUGGCUUUUUGUUUUUUUCAGGGUUUUUUUUUUCCUCUAUUCAAAAACAAACAAAAGCAUUUUUCGUAACAUAGUGUAGCAAAAGCAAAGUCAUGUUACACAAAUGUUAAAUGGUGUUUCCUGAUCCUAAAGUAUUGCGUGAUGCAUUAUUUAUCCUGAAAGAAUGGCAUUUCUGAAUCCUCUGGGAAUGAAUUGUCUAAAAUAAUGCUCUGCUCCCAUCCACAGAUACCAUUGGUAUUAUGUUGACUUGCAGCAAUUAUUUUUAAAUCCAGUGGAGUUUAGUUAAUGGCAUUAGCGGCUGCUGCUGAAAAGGAUUAAUGAAGAUGUAUAUUUAACUUUUUUUAUAUAUAUUUUAUUUUUAGUUUUCCGUUUGCUGUGAAGAUCAGGAUGAAAUUCAUACAUAUCAUGCCUAUAGACUCUGUGUUUUUUGAGUUUCACACACUGACAAUCUCAACAGAGGUGUGAAUGUCUCGACCUGGAGACACAGCAAUAACUAAGGCAGCUGUUGAAUGUUAGAUUUGUUCUCAGAUUAAUAACACCAGAAAGGUGACCACAAGAUAGAAGAAGAAGAGAAAAAAUAAACUACAGUCAAGUUAUCUCGUGAUUCUUGUUAAUGCACUGGUAUAAACUUUAAUAAGAAAAAGUAAAAAAAAAAAAAAAAAAAAAAAUCAGGUACAUUUCUCUAAUGAAAGGACUUUGUUACUUUAGCCACAAAGCUAAACAGCAUUACCUCAAUUCUGACUAGCCUUGAAGUUUACAGACAUGACUUUGUAAAUGUUUGUUUUUUUUUUUUUUUUGUUGUGAUGUCUUUUUUUUUUUUUUUUUUUUUUUUGAAACUAUCAUGUAUGAUAAGAUGUAAAUUGCUGCCAACUGUAGUAAUGAUGCUUUUAAUAAAAGUGACUCACGAUAUUCGUCUAGGAAACCAAAUCAGAAUGUAUGUGUUCUUUUUAUGUAGGUUUCUUUUCUUAGAAACAAAUAUAGCUAAUAAGCUUUUGUUUUACACUGUUUUGUCUAUUUAAAUAAAUGAAAUAAAUCCA